GGGAGGUCUGACAUCGAGUUUCCGAUCGAAACCGAAUCUCUUACCGCACUUUUCGCGAAAAUCUCACGCCCGCAACGACGGUACAGCGGGUUGCUGGGUGGUAGCUCCAAUUAUGUUGACCUAUGGGCAAACAAGGAUUUCGCGUUGUGAGCCCUGGGAACCUACAGAAACUCCGGAUGCACCAACUGCGGGAUGUUAUUGAGGCGUGGUGCGGCUAGAUUGCUACAGCACAUCGAUCCUUAUCGCCUGACCCGGUAUCUGACCAGACGGACUCAUCAAUCUGGGAGACGUUGCGCUUCCACCGAGAUGUGAGGAAAUGUCGCGCAUCUGCAGGCUUAGUAUCACAUUGGCGCGUACAUUACGUCGCCUCCUCAAGCACUUCAGGCGGUUAGAGAUAGCUGCUGUGCCGCAACGCCGCGCUAUGAUGGCUGACUAUACAAGAUGGCUGCUGCAUUUAUGCGCCCUCCCAAGCAGGAUACAAGGCUGCAAAGGCAGCUUCAAUGACAUCUAUGCAUCGGACUGUGACCACAAUGCUGCUGAGUAGUUCUCGAGCUCUCUGCUUACGCCUCCUGACCACCUCCUCUACAACAGCUUAGUAGCAAGGCAGCGCCUUUCUGGCAUUUAUGCUGCUGUAGGAACCGGUCUUUCGAAGUAGCAGUCCAUCGCGGCUGUUGGCACGACAUGUUCUUUCGUGGUGAAAGCGCCCU